GUAUUUCCGGUGCAUCCCAACGCUAAAUCCCCAACUCGUCGCCAUAUUGCAGUUAGUUAUAUUUCGGCUUUUUAGUAACUUAGAAAAAUAACCGUUUGCUGUUGGCGCGUGAAAUGGAAAGCGAAGAGAGUGAGCAAAUUCAAGAAGUUGAAGAAGAGUCUCAAGAUUCGCAAGAAUUGGCCGAAAUUCCGGUGCAUUUAGACGACUCGUCGGUUUCUUACGCCACAUUGAGUCUAUCAAACAGCAGUUCGAAUAUCGUUAGAGGAAAAUAUUACAAACAGACGUAUCGCCCAGCAUGGGAGCAAAUGCCCGAUUUUAAAGGUUGGCUUAGAGGAGUCGUUGGGGAACCCACGCGGGCCUAUUGCACCUACUGUCAGAAAACGCUCCAUGCCCAUCGGUUGAGUCUCCUCAAACACACGUGUACUAUCAGACACCAAAAAGCGGCACAAAUUCAUAAUAAUAGGAAGGUAGGAAAGCGUUCCGUACACAGGAACAAGACUCAGAACAUGGAGACGCAGGAAAUCCACGCCGUUGUCCUUCAAGAAUCAGACUUGAACCAGACAGAAAUCGACAAUGAAGACGGUGAUACGAUUGAAUACACCGAAGUGACGUCAGAAGUCGAAGACGAGGAAAACGCGCAGAAAGAUGGCUUCGACCAGGAGAUAGUUGAGGAGGAGGAAGAAGAGGAAUCCACUAUGGAGCUCCAUCAAGUCACCUUUGAGAAGCAUAACCAAAAUUUUCAAGGCAAUCAGUCGAAAUCUCCAAUUUCUACACACGUCAUUGACACUACAAGAGGUGUUCCAGUGUCGGGACUACAAGUUAGUCUGUAUAAAUUGAUUGAUGGACGAUGGACUUACAUUAAUGAAGGUGUAACCAAUUUGAAUGGAAAAUUUGGGGGGUUUGUUGACCGCGCGGACUUUUCAACAGGGAGGUACAAGUUGCAUUAUGACGUUGAUAGGUAUUUUGAGGCCCGGAAGCAGGACAGUAUGUAUCCCUUUAUUGAGGUUGUUUUCGACUGUCGUGCCGUCACUGAAAAUUACCAUGUGCCCGUCAUUUUAAGUCCCUACGGGUACUCUACAUACAGGGGAUCGUAAAAAAAUCCCUUGGUAGUGUUAAGACUAUAAGGUUUAGAAUAAGUAGUUAUUCUAGGUUUCUUGCGUGUGGUAUGAAAUAAUUGAGAAGAAUUUUGGAUAUUCCGCAAUCGAACUGAAGUUUGCAUAAUUAAUAAAAAAAUAAUGCCUUAGAUUUUUGUUCUAUCACACGCCAGUACAGUAGUUUAUUUCUAGUAGUAGAGUAAUAUAUAAUUUCAUGUUGUAAAUAUUUUUUAAUUAAUUAUAUUUAAUUAUUUGCUCUACCCUACCAAAUUUGUCACUACAUUUUUUUGUAUAAAAGUAGACGUUCAUUGAAUAAAGAGAGUAAUGAUUGAAAUUUUGUUUCUACAAGUAAUAAGUGAACCGGGAAAUAUUUUUUUAUAAUGUUUGUUGUUAUUUUUAAUAUUCCCAGAUGAAAGAUUGUAAUUUUUCAGGCAUGUGUGUUGUGUAAUUUUUAUUUAAACCUGUCGUAGGUAUUAUAAAAAAAUAGUAAAUGCUGAACAUACUACAAGGCAAA